AUGACUCAGGGAGGCAACAAGACGGGUGUCUACGCCGCCGCCGCGGCGCUGCGUCUACUACUCUUUGUUGCGUUCCCCGGUCUGCCUGAUCUGCUGACUGGCCGCGUCGAGAUCUCGACCCCCGUGACAAGCUUCAAGCGACUACAAGAAGGCCUCUUCCUCUACAAUCACAACGUCUCUCCCUACGACGGCGGCGUCUACCACCAAGCGCCCCUCUUCCUCCCCCUCUUCUCGCUGCUCCCCGAUCCGAAGUCGCUCCCCAUCUUCACACAUCUCCUCUAUGUCCUCUUCGACAUCCUGAGCGCAGAUGCCCUCUCUCGAAUUGCCGACUCUGGCGAGGCUGGGUCCUCGCGCCUCUUCACCUCCCCGCGCCGCGGCAAGAGGUGGAGUGGCCUCGUCGUCGCAUCGCUCUUCCUCUUCAACCCAUUCACAAUAGCAACAUGUGUCGGCCGCUCCACUUCCGUCUUCUCGACAUGCGCCAUCCUCCACGCUGUUGCCAAGGCCAUCUCCGGUGCGCCCCUCGGCGCAAUGGUCGCCCUCUCCUUUGCGACCUACCUCUCCAUGUACCCUCUGCUCCUUCUGCCGCCCCUCGUGCUCCUUGCAUACGACCGCCAGGAUCCUUCACGUCGCGUCGCUUCUACCGCGCGCUUUGCCCUGACCAAGGUCGCCGUCGUGGCCGCCGUUCUCGCCGCCCUGUUCCUCAUGUCCUUCCUCCUGACGGGCGGCUCCUGGGAGUUCCUGUCCAGCACCUACGGCGCCCAGCUGACGCUCAACGACCUGACGCCCAACGUGGGGCUGUGGUGGUACUUCUUCGUUGAAAUGUUCGACUCGUUCCGCCCCUUCUUCCUCGCCGUCUUCUGGCUCCACCUCUCGAGCUACGUCGGCCCCCUGACCGUCCGCAUCCGCUCCCAGCCACUGGUGGUCAUCACCCUCCUGCUCGGCAUCUUCUCCAUCUUCAAGCCGUACCCCUCCAUCGCCGACACGAGCCUGUUCCUGGCGAUGCUGUCGCUCUUCCGCCACGUCUUCCCCCUCAUGCGCUACACCUUCGUCGGCGCCGCCACCAUCAUGUACGCCUCGUUUCUCGGCCCGGCCUUCUACCACCUGUGGAUCUACGCCGGCAGCGGCAACGCCAACUUCUUCUACGCCAUCACCCUCGUGUGGAGCCUGGGCCAGAGCUUGCUCGUCAGCGACCUGACGUUUGCGGUGCUGCGCGACGAGUGGGAAGUCGAGCGGCCCGAGAUGGUCGGGAAGGAGAUCCGGCAGAUCUAA